GCUGAGCCUGGGAGUAUCCAGCUGGUGCCACGCUUCAGGGCAAUGUCCCAUCCCAGAGCUUGUCAGGAGCAGAAGUAUCCUGUGGCAGAAGUGGAUCUUUCCAUGCAGAGGCUGCGGGUGCUGCCCCCAGCAGUGCUGAGCAACCCUGCCCUGGAGAGCCUGGACCUCGACAAAAAGCUCAGGAGCAUCCCUGGCAUUUCCAAACUUGGCAACCUGAAGAAGCUGAUCCUGUCCAAGAAGGAGAUCGUGGACUUUCCCACGGAAAUCCAGAGCCUUGUCUGCUUAGAGAAGCUUCAGCUGAAUCAGAACCAAAUCCGGGUCAUCCCAGAAGGGGUUUUCUCCCACCUUCCCAGGCUUAAACACCUGCGGCUGAACAACAACCGGCUGGGUGCCCUCCCCAGGGACCUGGCAGCCUGCCAGGGCAGCCUUCUGUACCUCAACAUCUCCAACAACCUCUUUAGGACCUUCCCCCAGCCCGUCCUGCAGCUGACACACUUACAGGAGCUACACGUGCAGAAUAAUGCCCUCCGACAGCUUCCCAAGGAGCUCUUCCAGGGGCAAUCCCUGAAAACACUCAAGGCCAAGGGGAACCCCCUCCGGGAGCCCCCCGGGGAGGUGUGUGCUGGUGGCAUCCAGCAGAUCCAGAAUUAUUUCAAAGAGCUGCAACAUGGCUUGGGGCAGGAGGAUAAAAGGGUAAAAACCAUGUCUGGGGCCUCUCUGGCAGGGAAAUCCAGCAUCUGCAACAGCCUCAGGCAAGGGGAAACCAAACUGGUGCCCAGGGAAGAGAGAACGGUUGGGAUAGAGAUCAGUGAGUUCCAGAUCGAGGACUUCAAGUUUCUCUUCUGGGAUUUUGCUGGUCAGCUGGAGUACUACACAACUCACCACGUGUUCAUCACCCCACGGGCACUCGUCAUCCUUGUCAUCAACCUCCACAUGUACCAAACUAAUGAUGAGACUUUCAAGGAGCUCGUUGGGUUCUGGAUCAACAACCUGGCCAUGAGGAUCCCAAGCUCAGUGGUGCUGCCUGUGGGGACCCAUGUGGACUGCUGCCAGGAGGAAGAGGUGGAGGAGAAGAGGUGUCACAUCAUGGCCAAGAUAGCAGCCAUGCUGAGGGAGAGGAAAAGCAACCUCACUCACCUCAUCAACAACCUGGAGGGCAGCGGGGAGCCCAAGUUUUACAUGGACCAGUGGGAGAGGCUGAAGGAGAUGGAGAGCUGCACGUUAAGUAUCUUGAACUUAGUUGCUGUCAACUGCAGGGAUCACCGUGACAUCAAAAAGCUGGAGGCUGCUCUCCUGGAGCUCGUGAGGAAUGAGGAGCUUUUCCCCGAGGUUGUCCGAGUGCUGCCUCCUGUCUACAGGCAGGUGGAAGCUGCCAUCAUUGACAUCUCUCAGAGUGAGGAGGUGGGAAACCAUGGCAUGAUGGACCUCCAAUACCUGCACAGCCAACUCUCCCAGUGCCAGGACCUCUCCAUGCUGGGCAGGGAGCUGCUCCAGGACAUCCUGCGGUACCUGCACUGCGUGGGGCUUCUCGUCUGGUACGAGGAAAUCAAGCACCUGAGAAGCACAGUUUUUCUCCAGCCCACCUUCCUGAUAACUGUGUUCAAGCUCCUCGUCAGGUACCGCCUUGUCCAGCAGCUCCAGAGCAUCUCUGUGAAUGUGCCACUGACUGGGGAACGUGCCACCAUCAGGGACAGGGACAACUGGGUCUGGACCUUCCAGUCAAAGGCCAUGCUGUGCCACCAGGCAGUACGUGCCUUGGUGAAGCAGCAGCUCUGCUCGGAAGGGAUGCAGGAUGUUUUUGAGGAAAUCAUGGGGCACGGGCCCCACAGGGACAGGGGGAAGCUCUUCAGCCUCCUGGAGCACUUUGAACUCUGCCUGGAGGUGAAACACGUCAAAGCACUCAACCCACAGGCCAGUGAGUUCGUGCCUGGAAAGCUGUGGGAGACAACCCGUGCCCAGGAUGAGUCCUGGUACUUGUUCCCAACCUAUCUGAACCAGUCUGAAGAAGUCUCUGAGGUGUGGGGAGGAGAUCACCCCGAGGACCUCCACAUCCGUGCCUACUUCUCACCAGAAAUACCCGAGGGGUUCUUCCACAGGUUCCUCGUGAAAGCUUGCUCCUUCUACUCCACACACUGGGUGGCCAAGGCAACAUGCCUGCUCACAUGGAAUGGCAAACCUCUGCUCAUCAAAGAGAACAACCAGAGGGCCUACAGGCUACCUGAGCUGCGGUGCAGAAGCCAUCAGGAAGACAGAGUGCCCUGGGAUUUCCUGGUGGCAGUAGUGUUGAUGAUCCAGAGGCUGGCAGAGGAGUGGCCAGGGCUGCACCUCUGCAUGAAGACUCCGUGCCCCACGGGUGGCCUGCCCUGCAGAGCUCACCUGCCAGACAUGGAUGGCACCAAACCCCAAUGUAGGAUGAAGGAAGAUAUUAAAACCUGUGGGACGUGUGGGCACCGGUUUGGCACAGAGCUGCUCCUGCCCACAGGCAGCUGGAGGAGCCCCCCAGUGCAGCCCUCUGGAGCACCAGCAGCAUCCCUGUCCAUCAGCAGAACAUCUCAAGCAAGUAACGCUGGGCCAGCAGGAAGGAGCUGACUGAAGCCAGAAUGAUCACUUCUCUUUAUCCAAAGCCAAGCUGCCCUUAACACGUUUUGCUUGUGUUGGA